GAUGUCAGCGCCCUGUUACUCUGUCUGAUGAAAGUCGAUAACAUUUCCUAUAAUCCAUAUUUUUUCGGUAGAUUAAUCCUGUAAAACGUAACAAUGGCUGGCAGGGGACGUGGACGAGGAAAGACAAUGUCUUUUAAUGUUGAAAUGUUAGGAUUUGGUCGAGGCGAAACGUUACCAGCUCCAGUUCAACAACCGCGACCAAUUUAUCCGCCUCAGAUCUACAAACCAGUUGCUUUAAAAGAAGGAGAGGAUUACGAAUAUAUGUUGGCAUUAAAACAAGAAUUUCGUGGAGCAGCGAAGAAGUCACCAUUUUAUUUGAAUUAUUCAGAAAAGAAAAGAGACGUGGAAAGAUAUUCAGAUAAAUAUCAAUUAGCUCAACAAGAAAAUGAACGAAAAUGGAUUCCAGAUUGGAGAAUGUUUCCUGCUGAACUGAAGCCAACAACCAGAAGAAAAACUAAAUCAAAUAUUAAACCGAAUCUAAAGAAAGCGAGAGUUACAGAAAGAGAUAAGGAAGACAUUGUUAAAAAAUUAGAGAUUUUAGAGACAACUGACAGUAAGACUGAAGAUAAAGAUGAAGAUGAAGAUGAGAAAGAUGGAGAGGAGAAGAAGAAGAAAGAUGAGGAUGGUGAAGAUGUUGUUGAUGAGGAGGAAGUAAUUGAUGAUGAACAAUUAGAAGAGGAGACAGAUUAUGGUCAAAGUUAUUUUGAUAAUGGUGAGGGUUUCGGAGAUGAUGACGACGAUGGUGAUGAGGGUCCAGUUUACUGAAGAUACAGUUCUGUGUCAGGGGAGAUAAUUACAAAAUACGUAAUUAGUCUGUACUCUGAAUCCAGUAAAUUGUCUCGGAUAGGACUGAGAUUUUACUUGAGUUUAAAAAAGAGAGAUUCCGUCACCGAGUUACUGCAGAUUACAUGUUGAGUGAAGUACUUUGCGUGUUAAGAUUCUUGAUUAUCAAAAAUGUUGAAUGGCUGGUUAUCUUUUUCAAGUUGACUGUUCACAAUUCACAGACCAUGUUUCUUAUUCCUAUCGCAGCCAGAACUUGACAGAUGGUUAUGAUCGUGAGCUAUGAUAAUACUAUUGUGAGAGAUGAAAAUACUCUUGUGAGCUUUGAUAAUAUUAUUGUGAGCUAUGAUAAUACUAUUGUGAGAGAUGAAAAUACUCUUGUGAGCUAUAAUAUGAUUGACAGCUAUGGUAAUACUAUUGUGAGCUAUGACUACCAUACUAUUGUGAGCUCUGAUAAUACUAUUGUGAGCUAUAAUAUGAUUGAGAGCUAUGGUAAUACUAUUGUGAGAUAUGACUACUAUUGUGAGCUAUGGUAAUACUAUGGUGAGCUAUGACUACUAUUGUGAGCUCUGAUAAUACUAUUGUGAGCUAUGGUAAUACUAUGGUGAGCUAUGACUACUAUUGUGAGCUCUGAUAAUACUAUUGUGAGCUAUAAUAUGAUUAAGAGCUACGCUUGUGAGCUAUGAUAAAGGUUACCAAUCUGAAUAGGGUUACCGGUAAUAACAAUAUUUGUUUCCAAGCUCCAUUGUUGUUGAUUUUGAUAUUAUACAUUUGUUAUUUAUUAAAUAUUUACAAAUAA